AUGAAGAGGACUGAUAUCUCCUCUAAAGACUUUAAUAUCAAUAAAAAACCUCAUACCAUGUCCAACGAGGAACAAAAUUUAUUCAAACCGGUCGGAGAGUCUGUUCAAGAGAUUGAGCAAGAACAAUCAAAUGAUGGAGUUACACUCACAGGUGCUACUGACGCACAAGGACAUCCAGUCCAAGAAAUUGAAUCUCUGUGCAUGAACUGCCAUAAAAAUGGUGUCACAAGACUGCUGUUGACGUCCAUUCCAUACUUCAGGGAAGUAGUUUUGAUGUCAUUUGAAUGCCCUCACUGUGGGUUUAAGAAUUCUGAAAUUCAACCUGCCUCUCAAAUCCAGGAAAAGGGUUCCAAAUACAUGUUGAAGAUCGAGAACAAGGAGGAUUUUAACAGGCAGGUGGUCAAAUCAGAAACUGCUACCUGUCAGUUUAUUGAGCUAGACAUCGAGAUCCCAGCCAAGAGAGGGCAGCUCACCAACGUCGAAGGGCUACUGAGCGAGAUGAUUGAUGAUUUGAGCGCUGAUCAGGAGGCCAGAAAAGCGGUUGACGAAAACAUUUAUAACAAGAUCGAAGAAUUCCUAGCAAAAGUAAGGUCUUACAUUAACUGCGAACCAGGAACACUUCCGUUAACUUUCACACUUGAUGAUCCCGCUGGUAACUCGUGGAUCGAAUAUAAACCUGGAGAACCAGCGCACAAGUGGUCGCACACUGAAUAUAUCAGAUCAGAUGAACAAAAUGUCAUUGUUGGCCUGCUCACGAAAGACCAACUUGAGGACCGCCGGGAAGAACAGCGCCAAAAGCUUGCCGAAAAGGAAAGAAACCCCUCAGAAGCUCAAAAAAAAUCAUUUCUAUCUGAUGCCACUGACAUUGAAAAUUUCAAUAACGAAGUUCAAACAUUCCGCGCUACCUGUCCAUCCUGUUUAAAUGAAUGUGAGACACACAUGAAACCUGUUAACAUUCCGCAUUUCAAGGAAGUUAUCAUCAUGUCUACUGUGUGUGAUCAUUGUGGUUACAAAUCUAAUGAAGUUAAAACCGGAGGUGCUAUACCAGAAAAGGGUAGGAAAAUCACCCUUUACUGUGACGAUCCAGAAGAUUUGUCUCGUGAUAUUUUGAAGAGUGAAUCUUGCUCGAUGACAAUUCCUGAACUCCACUUGGAUAUCCAGCAAGGUACUUUAGGCGGCAGAUUUACCACAUUAGAAGGUUUAUUGCGCCAAGUUUAUGAAGAGUUAGAGAACAGAGUUUUCACACAAACAUCAGACUCCAUGGAUGAAGAGACUAAGAAGCGCUGGGAGGGGUUUUUCGGCAAAUUAAAGGAAGCUUUAGCAGGUAAAGUGAAGUUUACAGUUAUCAUGGAGGAUCCUUUGGCUGGCUCUUAUAUUCAAAACGUCUACGCUCCAGAUCCAGACCCUAACAUGAAGAUUGAGGAUUAUGAAAGAACUGAACAGCAAAAUGAGGACCUCGGUUUGAACGAUGUGAAAGUCAAUUGA